GUGGGAGGGCCCAUAGCUUCCGUGGCUGAGACGAGCUGGCGGCAGCCGUGUCUGUGGUGCCCUCGGCGGCGGCGCGAGCGACCGUCCCGUCCUCCCCAUCCCCUCGGCUCCACUCGCCACACGCCCUCCGCCCGCACCGACUUCUCCCCAGCUCCGCGCGCCCUGGCUGGACGUUGAGUCUCGAGAGGAGACGCGCGCGGCGAGAGCUGGAGCGGGGACCGCCGCGGAGCCCCGGCCGGCGGAGAGCUAGGCGAGAUUGAAGGGUAUGGUUGGCAUGGAUUGAAUUUCAUCUGUCUUUGGGACUUGUGAACAAGUGGGGAAGAGGAAAACCUUGGAUGACUGAUUCCUUGUAGAAUGAUCCUGGACAAUCUUAAAACUUGAAGUCAGCAAAGGCCAUAGCUCCAUGGAGCUUCCUGAAAAAAUUGCUUGGGAGUUUGCCAUCACGAAAGCCAAGGUGGAUUUUUCCGGUGUAGUGUGCCUGCCCCCUUCCGUCAUCGCGGUGAAUGGGCUGGACGGAGGAGGGGCUGGCGAAAAUGACGAUGAACCGGCUCUGGUGUCCUUGUCUGCGGCCCCCAGCCCCCAGAGUGAAGCUGUUGCCAAUGAGCUGCAGGAGCUCUCCUUGCAGCCCGAGCUGACCCUAGGCCUCAACGCUGGCAGGAGUCCCAACUUGCCUCCCCUUAGUGAGCGGAAGAAUGUGCUGCAGUUGAAGCUCCAGCAGCGCCGGACUCGGGAAGAACUGGUGAGCCAAGGGAUCAUGCCUCCUUUGAAAAGUCCAGCUGCAUUUCAUGAGCAGAGAAGGAGCUUGGAGCGGGCCAGGACAGAGGACUACCUGAAACGGAAGAUUCGUUCCCGGCCGGAGAGAUCGGAGCUGGUCAGGAUGCACAUUUUGGAAGAGACCUCGGCAGAGCCUUCGCUCCAGGCCAAGCAGCUAAAGCUGAAGAGAGCCAGACUGGCUGAUGACCUCAAUGAGAAGAUUGCACAGAGGCCUGGUCCCAUGGAGCUGGUGGAGAAGAAUAUCCUGCCUGUGGAGUCCAGCUUGAAAGAGGCCAUCAUCGUGGGCCAGGUGAAUUACCCGAAAGUGGCGGAUAGCUCUUCCUUCGAUGAGGACAGCAGCGAUGCCUUAUCCCCUGAGCAGCCUGCCAGCCAUGAGUCCCAGGGCUCAGUGCCAUCACCCCUGGAAGCCCGGGUCAGCGAGCCACUGCCCAGUGCCUCCUCUGUAUCCCCCACUCAGGUCGUGUCUCAACCCCCCGUGGGCGCGGAUUCCGGAGAGACGCUUCUGGCAGAGCAGCCUCCUCUGCCCCCCAACCUCGCCAACGGAACCGUGGCCCCCACUGCCAAGCCCGCCCCCACGCUCAUUAAGCAAAGCCAACCCAAGGCUGCUGGUGAGAAGUCGCAGCGCAGCAAGAAAGCCAAGGAGCUGAAGCCAAAGGUCAAGAAGCUCAAGUACCACCAGUACAUCCCCCCGGACCAAAAGCAGGACAAGGGGGCGCCGCCCAUGGACUCGUCCUACGCCAAGAUCCUGCAGCAGCAACAGCUCUUCCUGCAGCUGCAGAUCCUCAACCAGCAGCAGCAGCAGCACUACAACUACCAGACCAUCCUGCCCGCCCCGCCCAAGCCAGCAGGCGAAGCUCUGGGAAGCAGCGGGGCCCCCCAGAUGCGCAGCCUCUCUGCUGCCAAUAGUAGCUUGAGCUCGGGCGCCUCUGUGCCCAGUGGGCUGGCUCGUCAGAACAGCACCUCAUUGACUGGCAAGCCAGGAGCUUUGCCUGCCAACCUGGAUGACAUGAAGGUGGCAGAGCUGAAGCAGGAGCUGAAGUUGCGGUCCCUGCCUGUCUCAGGCACCAAGACAGACCUGAUUGAGCGCCUGCGAGCCUACCAAGAACAAGCCGGCCCCGCCCUCGGAGCCCCCAAGGGCCCGGCCACCACCUCCAUCCUGCCCAAGGCUGGCGAGGUGGUGGUAGCCUUCCCUGCAGCCCGGCUAAACACGGGGCCUGCCCUGGUGGCGGCAGGCCUGACCCCAGCCGAGGUGGUUGUGGCCACGGUAACCAGCAACGGAGUGGUGAAAUUUGGCAGCACGGGCUCUACACCUCCUGUGUCUCCCACCCCCUCAGAGCGCUCACUGCUCAGCACGGGUGAUGAGAACUCCACGCCCGGGGACACCUUUGGUGAGAUGGUGACAUCGCCCCUGACCCAGCUCACGCUGCAGACCUCACCGCUGCAGAUCCUUAUAAAGGAGGAGGGCCCCCGGGCUGGAUCCUGCUGCCUGAGCCCUGGGGUGCGGGCGGAGCUGGAGGGACGGGACAAGGACCAGAUGCUGCAGGAGAAGGACAAGCAGAUCGAGGAGCUGACGCGCAUGCUCCGGCAAAAGCAGCAGCUGGUGGAGUGGCUCCGGCUGCAGCUGGAGCAGGAGAAGCGGGCCCAGCAGCCCGCCCCGGCCCCGGCCCCAGUGGGCACCCCAGUGAAGCAGGAGAAUGGCUUCUCUAGCUGCCAGCUGAGCCGGCAGACCCCGGGCCCUACCCACCCCUUCAGCCCCAGCUUGGCGGCCCCCACUGCCCACCAUGUAGAUGCUUGUGUCCUGGUGCCCCCAGCCGUGGUGGUGAAGCAGGAAGCCGUGUUGCCUGAGCCCGAGCCAGCCCCCGUGCCCCAUCUGCUUCUGGGCCCACAGGGUCCCAGCGUCAUCAAGGGGGUCACACCUCCUACCCUCCUCACUGACUCCACAGGGACCCACCUUGUCCUCACCAAGACCAAUAAGAGUGAGGACAGCUCUGGCCUGGCUGGCGGGAGCUCCCAGCAGACAGACGAGCGGGCUCCCACCACAGUGCCACUGACAACGGGCUCCCUGCUGCCACAGUCCUCACAGCCCAGACCCUCCACCCAACCUGGUCCAAAGCCCUUGUCCCAGCCCGGUUUUCCAGCCCCUGGCCCAGCAGCCCAGAUGGACCUGGAGCACCCACCACCACAGCCCCUCCUUGGGGCCCCCACUUCUCUGCUGAAGAAGGAGCCACCUGGCUAUGAGGAGGCCGUGAGCCAGCAGCCCAGACAGCAGGUGAAGAAUGGUUCCUCGAGCCAGCAGAUGGAUGACUUGUUUGACAUUCUUAUUCAGAGUGGAGAAAUUUCAGCAGAUUUCAAGGAGCCACCAUCCCUGCCAGGGAAAGAGAAGCCUCUCUCGACAUGCGGGUCACCCCUGGCCAUGCAGUCCCCAUCCUCUGCUGAGCUUCCACAGGCUGCCUUGCCGCCGUCGGGCUCGCCAGCCAUCCCUGGGCGCCUGGAGGACUUCCUGGAGAGCAGCACGGGGCUGCCCCUGCUGACUGGUGGGCACGAGGGGCCAGAGCCCCUGUCCCUCAUUGACGACCUCCACAGCCAGAUGCUGAGCAGUUCUGCUAUCCUGGACCACCCCCCCUCACCCAUGGACACCUCGGAAUUGCACUUUGCAGCUGAGCCUAGCAGCGUGGGCCUGGACCUGGCUGAUGGCCACCUGGACAGCAUGGACUGGCUGGAGCUGUCGUCAGGUGGCCCCGCACUCAGCUUGGCUCCGCUGAGCACCGCUGCCCCCAGCCUCUUCUCCACGGACUUCCUCGAUGGCCACGACCUCCAGCUACACUGGGACUCCUGCUUGUAGCUCAGUCUGCAGAGCGAGGGCACCGAGGUGCUCGGUGCUGGUGGGCCUCGGGAACUAGGGAGCGCGGCUCUCUGCUGCCUGGCCCGGCCUCUCGUGCGGUCGUCCUGACAAUCACAGGCCCUGCUUUCCCUCCCUGGGAGGCUGGAGCAGGGGGUCCCUACACCUGGCUUGGGCUCACCAAGGAGAGACACUGCCAGCAGCUGCUCUGGGUCUCCCCCCAGGGUCUUGGGGUUUGGGCAGGCAUUCUACCUCACCUCCUAUGAGGUCAGAGGUGUAGCACCUGCAGCCUGCUCCGGCAGGCGAGACCCAAGUCCCCCCUUUUCCUGUGAGGGAGGAACUAGCUGGGCCUCUACCUCCCUGUGAUGCUGACCCCGGGGUUCCUGGCGUCCUAGGAGCGGGGUGGGGAUGGGGCUCAUUGCCAUUUUAGUGUUGGGGUGUAACCAUUUAGUGGCUGUUGGCAAACAUUUUCUGUACAGGUGUACAUAUCUAUAUCGCCAUACAUACAUGCAUAUAUUUUGGGGGAUAGGAGGCAGGUACAGCCACCUCCCAUCCUGUGCACAGAGGGAAGGGCCUGAAGACCACUGCUCCUGGGCCGGAUGCAGCUCAGCGCGGCCCCAUCACGUGUGUUUAACAUGUAGACACCCCACACCCCACCUGUCCUGCUUCUUACCAGAGACAAGGGCAGAGGGGCUUCCUGGCUGCCCACAUUCCGUCUUGCUGCCUCACUGCAGCCCCCACCGCUCUGGGGCCUGGCCUCCCCCCGGCCUGUCACUGUCACUCAUAGGGGAUUAGGGAGGGAGCCCGCAAAACCAGUGCUGGGAUAGAGGUGGGGAAAAUGUGUGGACUUUUUAAAAUAAAAACAAAACCAUUGCUUU